CCACACACGGUUGCAAGUCCAGAGCCUUGGAUCUUGGGAACGUGGGCUUGUCUUUUGGCCCCCGCAGCAGUGCGAACGCCCCUACCAGAAGCUGGUUGGAAUACCGGCACCACGCGUCCUUCCGUCUCUUUUCAUUUCCCGACGCGGCGGCGGGUGCGCGCAAAAAAAUCCCGUUGAAUCUUUUUCGAGACCGCCCAGCAGCAACAGCAGCAGGAGUCAUUCAUGUCUGGGUGGGGCACCCCGAAGUCAGCAGCAGGGGACGUCGGCGGUCGGUCACCGCGAGCCGUCGAUGGCCGCGAGCAAGACCGCGCGAGCCGGAGGCUGGGGCUGACGCACUCCCUGACUUCGCCGCGGGCGCCCGAGCCCGCCAAGCCUGAGCUUCCUGCGAGGCCAAACUCGGACGAUCUGCCGCGCCCAAGGAGCCUCUCCCCGCCGCGGAAGAACCUCGCGCCGCCGUCCGUCACGGGGAGCGCCCUGUCCGCCAGGCUCGAGCGGGCUUCAUUCGUGCGUACUGCCAGCAGCAGCAGCAAUGGUCCCCCGGUCCCGCCGCCGCCCAAGACUCGGGCGAGGUUCUCGGUCAAGAGAGGAGAGCUCGACGACGUUGCCGCCGACGGUGUUAGCGGUGCUGCUGACGGCGACGAUGUUGCCGACGCCGCCGACGCUUCUCCUUCCCCCGCCCCGUCCCGCGGAGCGGAGGCACCGCUGGCCCCGCCGACUCCGGCUACCGCCGGCAGCAGCAGCAGCAGCGGCGGGGGGGGGCGUGUUGCGGCGCUCGCGAAGGCGCUCGAAUCGCAGCGGAAGGCGGAGCAGGCGCAGCGCCCCCCGGAGGACGGCGACGAGACGCCGGUCGUGACCCUGCCGGACGUGAUCACCGAGGGGCAGGCGGCUGGCGAGCGGAGGAUGAUGGACAGCCGUUCCCCGCUCCCGCACACGGUCGGAGAGGAGGAGGAGCAGUCUUCCGUGGCCGUCGGGAUGGGAGCGAAGCGGGUCAGCAGGGUCCGGGGGCGGGGGGGGGUCGCGGCCAUGUCCCAGCGGGGAGGCCCGAGCUCGACGGCCGGGGGCAUCGGGGCGUCCUCGCCAGUCUAUGGGACCGGGAAUAGCCAGAUUCAGGCGAGUCCGCAGUACUGGGUCCCUAGAAAGCUCAGCCGCUCGCCCAUGAAAAAGAACAACGAGUCGGCGCCGUCGUACUCGCCCGCCACGUCGACCAGGCCUCUGUGGUGAUGCUGCCGUGUAUUUGAAAAAACGUCGACCGCGGCUAACCGGCUGACCAAUGAAAAUACAUGAGUCUCAGUGCGGUUGGCGUAUGGGGGGGGGGGCGGUGGAGGCGGUUUUUAUAGUGGAAUGAAAGGUUGACAACGAUGUGUUGUUUGCCGUGCUUAUACAGCAGCGAGUGACAUGCCACCACCGCGUGGUUAGAAGUGCACGGCAUGCCCCAGUAGCCGUCACGCUAUUAGGGGGCAGGUCUAUUUGUUGUGUGAGGUGUGUGGUUGUAUUGAAAAAUGUUUUCCUUGGCCAUUCGAUCGUCGUCCAGCGUCGUGAGCACGAGUUCCAAUUUCGGAGAGUGCGACGACAGGGGCUUAAAAAGCUCUUGCCGAUUUGUGCGCUGUGGUCCUGUUUAUUAGUGGAUGUCGAGAGUGGAUUGUUCCAGGGUUGAGGCUGCUUCGUAUUUAGCCGCCUGCCGCGCUACGCCGACAGGGCGUCGUAGCCUUGUGUGCUGUCUAGAGCCUGUAAGACUAACCGUACUGAAGUCGAGCCAGUCGAAAUGCCGGGGUUGCAAGCGGGGGUACUUCAAACUCGACUCGUUCGGUCGAUCAAGCAGCACGCACAACCGUAGUCGGAACACUCGCGGCCGUAAUUGUUGUCAUCGGGAGAUACUUUCGCGACCUUGUGAGAGGUACUGCUGCGGGCAGUGUGUGCCCUGCUUAGUCAUGAGUGGCAUAAUGCAAUUCGGCCGGUACAAGAGCAGUAGCGCCGUUUCCGUAGGCAGGUUGGAUUGGGAGUGGUCACAUCUCCAGCUUGUACAUUCGUUUUUACACAUUGCUGCACCAUUUCA